AUGAAUUUAAUUAAUAUAUAAAUUGCAGAAUAUAUUCUUAUUAUAAAAGUUCUAGUUGGUUACAAGAAUAUUUUUUAAUAUUAGCUAUCUAUCAAUCUAUAUGGUAUUUUUUAUAAUAAGAAUAAAUUAAUACAGUAAUUAAUUAAAGAGUUAAAGAAAGUAAAAUCGUAGUAGAUUUUUCAAAAUUAGACAAAAGCAGAGAUGAACAUCGAAUAUCCUAAUUUAGAAGACUAAAAGUAGCAACAAGCAAUAGUUGCAAAAGAAUAAUAAAAACAAAUAGAUGAAUACGAUAUUUUUUUUUAGAAAAAUGAAGACACAUUUACUAUUUAAUAUGGCAUAAAAAUUAUAAAAGUAGUUUAAUAUCUGAGCAUGAUUUUUUCAUUAUUAGUAAUUAUAAUUUCGAUAUACAUACUAGAAUAUGGUGGAAGAGGCUGGAGAGGGCAUCUCCCUAAUUUUAUUGAAAAUCAAUUUCACAUUUAGAUUUUUUUGUCAUCUUUAAUUAUAUUAAUAAGUACAUUUUAAAUAAGAAAACUUGAUAAAAUACCACUUAUGCUUUUUCAUACAAUCUCAUUAAUAGUAAUUGUAUGCUUGAUCGUAUUAUCUUCAGUAUCUGCAGGAGUAUUUGAGAGUAUUAUUUCUGUCAAUAAGUCUUCUUCCAAGCUAGAUUAAACGCUAAAGUGUGAAAAUAAUUUUAGUUUAUUUUGGAGUUAAGAUCUUUUAAAAGAUUAUAAUCUAGCCUCUACUUUAUUUUGCAGUUCGUAGUGCCCAUGUUAAAUUUAAUUAGAAAAUGUAGAUUCAUUUUAAAAAUAAUAUCCUUUCGCAGUAAUUAGUUCUUAGGGAUUUAAAAGUCUUCUUUAAUGUGAUUAUGCAAUAAAAUAGGUCAAUUCGCAAUCAAUAUAAACAAUUCAAUUCUUAGAAAACAACUGGGAAUGCUCAAACAUUUGCUCCUCUUCAAAUUUCUAUUUAUUUCGCAAGGUAGAUGAAUAAAAUAUUUUGUAAAAUGAGAGCUGCUACAAUUUGCUUUCUAAUAAAAUAAAUAAUUUUUUAUAUUUAAUUUUGAUGCCUGGAUUAUUUUUAGGGAUCAUCCUACUUGUCGGAUGGGUAUUUUAACUUUACUCUAUUAAUGAAAUUUAAAAAUAUACAAACUACUAAAAUUUGAUUUCUGAUGCUUUGAAAACAUAAGAAUCUCUAACAAAUAUUUCAUUUUAAUCACAAAGAAAUGUAUCUUCAUCAAAAUCUAAGUCACCUGUGAUAUAGGAUAAUGGAGUUCAUAAUUCCAAGUCUUGUGAUAUGCUACAAUGCAAUAAUAAGAAUCAAAUUUAGCUUUUAAAUACAUUUGAAAAGCAGCAACUUUCUCUAAUGAACGAAGAAAAAGUAAAUAACAUUUACUCUAGAAUAAUAUCACCUAAACCUGUGAACCUUUCAAGUAUUAUUAAAGACUACAAUUAAAAAUAUUCUAAACAAGAUAAAAAAUUAUAGGAUAAAUCAAAUUAAUUUCAACAAGAACUUUAUGAAGAGUUUUGA